AUGGCCGACCCACUAACUACGAUCGAUGGAUUCCCCUACUAUCAAUUCGAUAUCAAAAAUCAGGAUGAAUUUAAACGUGUAUCGGAAUUGAUUUCAACUCACCUAUCCGAGCCAUACUCGAUAUAUGUUUACUGGUACUUUCUUAACAACUGGCCACAAUACUGCUUUACUGUCAAAGACAAGCAUCAUAUCAUUGGUGUCAUAAUCUCUAAGCUCGAGCCACACAGAGGAGUUCGAUCGAGGGGAUAUAUCGGCAUGUUGGUAAUCGACCCAACUUAUAGGAAAAGAGGCAUUGCUAGCAAUUUGGUGAAAUUGACAGUUGACAAAAUGGCCAAGGACAAUGCUGAUGAAAUUAUGUUGGAAACGGAGGUGAUAAAUAAAGGUGCUUUGAAGUUGUAUGAAAGCCUUGGGUUUUUGCGAACAAAGCGGUUAUACCGUUAUUACUUGAAUACACAUGAUGCGUUUAGGCUCAUACUACCGUUGAGCGAUAAGUCACAUACAAGAAUCGCGUUCCUACCGCCAGCUUAG